AUGUCGCCAUCCGCCUUCACACUUGAAGACGACACUGUCGAUUUCUCCCUAGGAGCGACAAAGAACUCUCCAUCCUCAUUCAGCGCCCGCACCCUCCUCCUCGCGCCACCCUCUAUCGCAAGCCACGAAGAGAGCCUCCGUGAUGUGCUCGCCUCGCACGAUAGAUCCGUUACGGACCUGCAAAUGCUGGAUCGCCUCUCCGCCGGCCUAGUCACCCUCCCCUCCUCAACCUACGAUCUGAUCCUGGUCCUCGCCGACGCAGAUGGCACCCGUACCGAGUCCACACAGCUGCUUGGCCGCGAUGUAUUCUCGCGCAUUGUGCAGGCGCUGAAGGCCGGUGGCAAGCUACAGGCUCAGCAUGGCACGUUUGGACAAGAAAGCGCUAGCGUUGAGGCGAGAGAGGGCAUCAUGGCUGGACUCGUACCUGAGGGUACUGGUAUGAUGAAGCCGGACUAUAGCGCGGGCGAGGCUAUACCUCUAAGACUACGGAGGAAGGAGAAGGCGCCUGCUGUUUCGAGUGCUGGAUCUGCGGUGGCCACUCCCGUUGCCCAAGUCAAUGUCAAGCGGAAGAGCGUUGAUAUGACAGGCGCUAAGCCAAUUGGUGUCGGAUUCGUUGAUUUCAGCGAUGAUUUCGGGAAACCUACUAUCACAGGCGAAGACGACGAGGAAGACGAUGACGACGAGCUGAUCGAUGAAAACGAUCUCUUGGCAGAUAUUGAUAUGAGUGCUGUCCACGUCCCGAAAGAAUGUGCCCCCAGAGCCGGCAAGCGCCGCCGCGCGUGCAAAGACUGCACAUGUGGCCUCGCCCAAAAAAUUGCCGCUGAAGACGCCGCCAAGCGUGCCAAUGCCGACGCCCAACUCCAAACUCUUAAGCUCGGGGCCGAGGACCUCGCCGAGGUCGACUUCACUGUCCAAGGCAAGGUCGGCUCGUGUGGAAACUGCAGUCUGGGCGAUGCGUUCCGCUGCGACGGAUGUCCUUAUAUUGGAAUGCCGGCUUUCAAGCCUGGGGAGGAGGUUCGUCUAUUGAACAACGAUGUGCAGCUGUAG